AUGGGACUACCUUGCACCACUGUCCAGUCUGUACUCAAAUCAGGGGUCGAAGCCCCGAAGAAACCGGCCGGAAGGAAGCCCGCCAUCACGGACAAGACUCGCACGCGCCUGAUUGCACGUGCUACCCUUGAUGCUGUUCACCGACGCAUGCCGUACACGGAGAUUGCUCGACUAGAAGGUGUGCAGGCAGGUCGAAAAGCCCUGAUGGCUGCAUUCAACAUGGAGGCAUACGGGCGCCGCGUGGCCACCAAGAAGCCUAUGCUCACUCAUGCGCAGAAGCAGGCGCGUUUAGCGUGGGCAACUGCACACCUGAACUGGAAGUCUGAGGAUUGGAAUCGCGUUGUUUGGACCGACGAGUCCUCGUUCUCAACCGCAGGGUUUGGAAGAGUUUACGUCACCCGGCGACCGGGAGAGAAGUACGAUCAGUCUUGCCUUGUGCCGAAGUUAAGGACGCACGCUUCAUGGACCAUCCAUGGAAGCAUUUCGUCGCUUGGCAAAGGACCAAUGGUGGUGAUGGAGAAGGAGUGGGGUGGGCUUACAGGGAAAGUGUACAGGGAAAAGGUGCUUCCCUGGAUAUACUGUUUCAUGUACUGGGUGACUCGACAUCCAGAGAAUCGUUCGCGGCAUGCCAUCCUGAUGGAAGACGGUGCCUCUCCGCAUUCUGCGAAGCUCACCAAGCAGGUCCAUAACCUGAAUGGUGUAGAUAAGAUGUACUGGCCUGCCAACUCGCCCGACCUCAACCCUAUAGAGAACGUAUGGCGGUUACUAAAGCAGAGAGUAGCUAGGAAGCAUCCACAUACUCUUGCCGAGUUGAGGCAGUGUGUGGAGACAGAAUGGGCGGCAUUGGAAGUGUCAGACUUUGCCCGAUAUGUCAGCAGUAUGAACGAGCGCUGUCAGGCUGUUAUAAGUGUGGGAGGAGGCCAUACAAAGUGGUAG